GCUAUGUGCUGGUGGUCCAGGAGGAGACCAAGCCUGUUCUCAAUGUGGACAUCAAGGUUGAUCAGGUAUGUUAAUAACCUGAUGGAGGAGGGGUACCAGACGGUGACGCUGGCGCCUUCGGAGACAGGGUCCAGGGAGGUCAGCUAUGUGCUGGUGGUCCAGGAGGAGACCAAGCCUGUUCUCAAUGUGGACAUCAAGGUUGAUCAGGAAGAGGAAGAGGACAAAGGCAACGAAGACGUGUACAACUUCGAGGAGGAGGGCGCGGAGGAGGCCUCCGAGGAGGAAGAGGAGGGCGCUAAGAUAAAGAAGACGCCCAAGCGGCGCAGCAUUCGCUCCAAGUUCACGUGCACCUUCUGCAACUACACCAGCCACCGCCGCUACCUCCUUCUCCGACACAUGAAGACCCACUCAGAAGACCGGCCGUACAAGUGCAAGGUGUGCGAGCGGGGCUUCAAGACCAUGGCCUCUCUGCAGAACCACGUCAACAUGCACAACGGGGUCAAACCACACGUCUGCAAGUACUGCAACAGUCCCUUCACCACCUCAGGCGAGCUGGUACGCCACGUCCGCUACCGGCACACGCACGAGAAGCCGCACAAGUGUACCGAGUGUGACUACGCGUCGGUCGAGUUGUCCAAGCUGAGGCGACACGUGCGGUGUCACACUGGCGAGCGACCCUACCAGUGCCCGGACUGCACAUACGCCUCACCAGACACGUUCAAGUUGAAGCGACAUCUGCGCACACAUACUGGUGAAAAGCCCUACAAGUGCGACAGCUGCAACAUGUGCUUCACGCAGUCCAACUCGCUCAAGGCCCACAAGCUCAUACACAACGUGGCAGAGAAACCCGUGUACCGAUGCGAGCUCUGCCCAGCCAAGUGCGGACGUAAAACUGACCUCCGGAUCCACAUACAGAAGCUGCACACCUCGGACAAGCCCCUCAAGUGCAAGCGGUGCGGGAAAACGUUCCCCGACCGCUACUCCUGCAAGCUACACAAUAAGACUCACGAAGGGGAGAAGUGUUUCAAGUGCGACCUGUGCCCGUACGCGUCGACCAUGCUGCGCCACCUCAAGUCGCACAUGCUCAAGCACACCGACGAGAAGCCCUUCGUGUGCACCGAGUGCGACCAGAGCUUCCGUCAGAAGCAAUUGCUGCGGCGGCACCAGAAUCUGUACCACAACCCGGACUAUGUGCCCAAGCCGCCCAAGGAGAAGACUCACGCCUGCCACGAGUGUAAACGCACUUUUGCGCACAAGGGCAACCUGAUCCGACACUUGGCAAUCCACGACCCGGACUCGGGGCACACCGAGCGCGCCCUCGCGCUCAAGAUCGGCCGCCAGCGCAAGAUCAAGUACAUGCAGCCGCGCGCGCAGGAGGAACCAAACGACUCGGACGACAACAACAUGGUGAAGCUCGGUCUGACGUCGAACGAGCUGCGCCGAGGCGAGCUGGUGACCGUGGCCGACGGCGACGGGCAGCAGUACGUGGUGCUGGAGGUCAUCCAGCUGGAGGACGGCACCGAGCAGCAUGUGGCCGUCGUGGCGCCCGAGUACAUCGAGUGCGAGGAGCCAGAAGAAGAGGAGGAUGACCAAGAACAGGAGUCGGUAGCCAGCGGCGCCGAGGAGGUCCGGCACAAGGAGAUGGAGACCGUCAUGGAGAAGAGCAUCAAGCUUGAGAAGGACGUCACCACCUGCUUCGGUUUCGAUGAAGACGACGAAGGUGACAACAACGAAGACUACGAGAUGCUCGAAGCCCGAGGCUAAUCCUGAAUACGAGUGACGUGAGAACCUUACUCAGUGACGGCAGAGACGUCUGCAACCGCACUAACUAUUACAGUGAAUAAGGACCGUACAUGAACUGUAGGAGGCAGCACAGGAGCUGUCAAAUUUUUGGUGCGAAGCGUAAAUGUGAUGUUUAUUGUUCCGAUGUAGCCCACAAGAUGGCAGAACCUACUAUGCACAAGAAAACACGUGACGUGUAAAUGUACAUGUUUAUGGUUCCGAUUCAGGCCACAAGAUGGCAGACCUCCACACACACGCUAAUAAGUUAAUUACAUACAUAGUAUCAAAAGAAUUUGAAAUAGAGGUAGAUUGUCAAAGAAAACUUUGCGGCCACAGUAAAUUCACUGCCAUCUUUCGACAUGUGAUUGUAACUAUUGCAACGCCAUUUGACUUUGAUCAUUAUUCUUUCACUGUUUGUUGAAUAUCAAAAAGUGGCGCCAUCUACCGGGCGGCUUGGAUCCGUUAGAUGGCGCCACUUUGAUAUUUAAAACUUUUUAAAUACCACGUCGGUGGCAAACAAGCAUACGGCCCGCCUGAUGGUAAGCAGUCACUGUAGCCUAUGGACGCCUGCAACACCAGAGGUGUUACAUGCGCGUUGCCGACCCUUUAAAAACCUGUACACUCCUUUUUUGAAGAACCCCAUACUGUAGACCCUCGGGAAAACCUCGGCAGGGAGCUCAUUCCACAGCCGGAGCGUAUCAGUGAAAGAAUAAGGAUCAAAGUCAAAAGGCGUCCUAAAUGUUUUAACCUUUUAACCACCAAAGACGUCAUAUGACGCGCGCGGCUACAACCCAAUAUCAACCUUCAUGCGUACCGACAAGGUUCACGAUUACGCGCCGCGUGCGAUAGGCGUGGCGUUCAAAAGGUUAAUCAUGUGUCGUAAGAUUGCUGUAAAUUUACUGUGGCUACAAAGUUUUCUUUGACAAUCCACUUCUAUUUCAAAUUCUGCAGAGGAGUUAAGACGCUACUUUGUUGUUAAGUGUGUGAAGAUUUUUUUGGACACAUGGCCCACAUACUGUGAUUGCGCUGCGGGGUGAUUUUGAAUAAGAAAUAAGUGCUUCAUACAUUUAGUUUAAUACGAUGUCAUUUUUUACCAUGACACUUGGCUGACGUUCACUUCAUUUCGCUUUUAGGGAAAAUGGUUCCGUACAAUUUUAAUAGACUAUGGAUAUACUUAAAAAAAGCCAUCAAAAAGUCGCCAUCAGAUAUAUCGGACCGGCCAAAGUGUUCACGAAUAUCUGAACACACUCAAAAGUGUUUAAGCUUCAGUUGUCAUUGUCCUUCCGAAAAUUGAAACUGAAUAUUGUCUUUAAUUUUUUCGAUAUAAAGUCGAUUUUUGGAAUAUUAAAUUCCACACAGACACUUGAGCCAUCGUUUCGGCAUAUUUCAAAUAUUUGAACACCCGGAUGAUAGACUCUUCUCAUUACGCACAAUAAGCCAAAGUCCAAAAUUAGUCUAAGAGGGUGAAUAAACUUUUUUUGGUUUGUUAUCCUGUCCCGUUGUCCAAGGGACAACAGUGGCACAGUUUGUUUGAAGAGACGUUGUAUGCCGUUCUAUUAACAUGCUUAGUAGGGGGCCCAUUAUGGACAUUGGUUAUAACGACCACAAAAACUCAAGUUUGAUACAUUUAAGUACCAUAAAAUCAGUAUUUCAAUGAACUUUUGUCCCCUGGACAACUAAUCGUAACCAUGGCAACGAGUGACGCUAAAAAGUUGAUUCUCCCAAGAACGAAACGGAGCCUGGUAAAGGGUUAAAGAGGCCCGAAGUUGACAGCAUCUCAGUAAUAGAGGCUAAUACAAUAUAAAAUUCAAGAAAAACAAGUUAGCAAAAAAGCUCUUUAAAACACAGUCUCGGUAAAAGAGGUAAAAACACUGUCUCAGUUAUAGAGGUUUUGACGAAAAAAUCGACAGGACUCAUCUCAGAUACAGAGACUCUUUUGUACCACUAACAGAGGUAAUUGGGUACUUGACACAUGUUGAAUAUUAUAACAAAAUUUAGUUAAAUGCAUAGAAAAUGAGCCAUCCAUUAUAAAAAAGUGGAAUUAAAAAAAAUAUAUUGAGAUUAUAAAAAUAUACAAGGCUCUGAAGUCUCAAAAAAAAAUUUUUUUUUUGUCUUUCAAAAAUAGAAAAGAAAAUGGUACCAUUCGAUUCCUUACAUUUUAUUGAAAAAUAAAUUUUAUGACAACUAUGCACAUAAACGCAAUAUUUCAGGGUCAAAAUGGCAAUUUCCUUGAUCUUCCAUACAUUUAGGACAGACUUAUAUGAUGUGACGUCACAUCACCUUAUCAUUUUGUUAGAGGCGUUUCAAUCGUCGAGUGCGAGCGUCAGACUUUAACUCUCAUUUCUGACCUUUGUGUUGCUUAAAUGCCAUGAGUCCUAUAUAGACAUUUGAUCCUCAGGAGAAUCAAGAUCGUUUGACAUUAUUUACAAAAAACAGUCAAGUAGCCAAUUCAGUGGUAAAGUCUCGGGACAGCAGCAUGCGUUCCAGUUAUAGAGUUUUCUCACUUACCCAGGUCCCACUUAACAUAGUUCCACUGUAUAAUAUAUGCUGUCAAUACAUUUGCAUCUUAUAACUGUCAUAUAUGGCUUCGACCCCACCCAAAUAUUUUAAAUCGAAAAUUAUUCGAUAUCCGACGUCGGUCCGCCGACGCGUACUCCCGAUGACGCUACUCGGUACGGAGUAAAACAUAAUGGCGAGCAAUUUUCGACUAUAGUAUCGUGUUCAGAUAUUUUUGAGCACCUUCCCCGCCCAGAUAUAUAAUGGCGAGCGUACGUUUAGAAAAGUUUGAAAGCCGUUACCCCGUGGACAUUUGAAUCUAUUAAUUCGAAAAGAACCAAUGUCCAUAUGAAUUUAAUACUAAAUGGUGCUUUUCGUAUUAAUCGAUUAAACUUAAUUGUAUUUAAUUGUGUACAUUAUUUUGUAUUUUUAAUAAUUAGAUAACACGAAGUUCCCAUUUGAUUAAUUUUAGCUAUUUAUGUAUAAGUGCGAGUUGUCUAUUCUUUGUUAUUAUGAGUGUGAUAUAGCAGAGUUUUAAAUAUUGACCUUAAUGUAUUCUAUAUGAAAUCAAUAUUUUUAAUUAUUCGUGCGAUGAAUAGAGAUAAGUUUAAUAUAGAAUAAUGGUUUUUAUUUUAGACCUAUGCGUACUAAGUAUCGAAAUCAUUAACAUGAUUUUGACUACGCUUGCCGCAACACAGUAGCGAGUCGAGUCAUAACUCCAUUUCUUUCACUCUUGGUUGGUUUUAACAAGGGUAAAGGAGAUAGCAUUAUGAUCUUAGUCGCCAGUUAUGCGGCAAGCAUAAACCCAAAGUAUAUGUAACAUACAGAUGAACGAUCUCAACUUAUUCGAGCAAGCAGGGCUCGAAAACCGGUUAAAUUUCUAGACCGUUACCAUCUACUUGGCGCAAAAUCUUUUGAUUUCGGUUCCGCUCGAAAAACCGUUAUUUUUAAACCGGUUGAGAGAACAGUUCGUGUCAAAUUAACCGGUUUAGUACAAUAAAAACCGGUUUCUACCUAUGUUGGUGUUUGUUUACGUGGUACACCACAAAGCUGGCCGUAUCGUCGCUCGUCGAAUAAACCGUUUUUUUAGGUUACAAUAAGGUUCUCUAAACUUUCGCGUUCUUAUAAAAGUUCGGAGGAAAACCGAAAUAAACCGGUAUUCACCGGUAUUUUAUAAACCGGUGCCUAGCCUUGCUGGCAACCGAUAUUGAAUAACCCGUUAACGUGCAGUAAGUACAGAAAACGGAUUUUAAAACGUAGAACUUUCAUUGAUCCCAAUACGACUGCCAUAAAUUUAAUUAGCAAUGUUGAGGCCUUUCAAGCUGCAGAGUUAGCUUGGUCUGACUAUAUCUCAAUGAAACAGUUCUUUAACCGGAAAACGGAAACGAAGUCGAUUUUGUUCUCAGAUGAAUGAACGAAAACGGUUUAAAAAAUAAAACGGUUUCCGAGACCCGCAAGCAAGAAUGGAAAAUGGAAUAGUUAGGCCGCUUAUUCGGUGUUAUUUAAAAGUCCGUUAUUUUUAAGAGUGCAUUCCUGAGCUUAAUUUAAGUAACUUUUUUAAAGAAACCGGUAUUCAUUUUUUUACGUUUUUAUUUUUUUAUUUUAUAUGUUUUGAAGUUCGCAGUGCCUUGGUAUUAAUACUGCAAUGCUGCGUAACAAAUUUGAAUAAUAAUAUAAAAAUCUAUUUUACUCCGUUUUGGACAUCAAUGAUUUAUUUUUAUCUGAGAAGGCCCAGGAGCGUGUACACUUGCCUUAGGGCCUGGUUACAUAUUGAUUAGUGUAGUAUACAUUUGCUAAUAAAUGCAAGUAGUAUCUCGUACGGUCACGUCUGAAAAUAUCGAUACGGACAAAGUGCCAAAAAGAUGUAUACACUACCCUAAUAUAUGGGUCAUAAGAUGGUGUAUACAUAUUUUAGGCACUUCGAUCGUGUCGAUGUUUUCAGACGUGAAUGUACGAUCGAUAUUCGAAAUGUCAUAGUUUUUGAUCGUUUGGAGGAUUUCAAUAUAAUAUCUGUGUUAAAACGCUAUUAAUUACUUUUUAUGAACAAUAAAUUAAAAAAAUUGAAUAUUAAUUAUGCCAUUUCUUUUCCUUUAUUUAGCCAUACCCCGGAGUUGACGGAGUUAAAAAAAAAACACCGCGUGUACGUCCGUUUUUACCGAGAAAAUUUUCUUUUUAGACAGAGAAAUAAGUAAUCUUAGAGUGUUCACUUCAUAUACAGAUAAAAACGUUGUGCAAAAAUAAGUUUUAUAGCUUUUUUUUUUAUUUAUGGCAUAGAGAAAUAAGCAAACAUAGAGUGCUCUCUCCAUACAUCAGUUACCAAACCGUUUAUUUUCGUAGUCGACAUCUAGCGUCGAGUAGCGGAUUUAUCAGUACAACACGAAAAAUAUAAAUUAUGACGUUUACUUAACACUUGCACAGGCCGGUCUAUCAAAAUCGUUGCCAACUUAGACAAUAAAGGCGUGUUCAGAUAUUUGUGAGCGUCUUGGCUGCUCCGAUAUAUCUAAUAGCGACUGGUACAUAGGCUUUUUCGCACGGGUACAAGUCGACAAGGGUUCUCUGCGUUCAAUGAGUAGAAUUUUAUGAUAUUGCUAGAAAAGGACCAUGUUAUACUUUUAAAAUGUUAAGGUCUUCAUUUUGUAUAACCUUAAAUGAUAUCUGUCUGUGUAUAUCUUAUUUAUUAUUAUUGGGGUUUGUGGGCCUUUGAGUGCCACGUCGACCAGGCAGUGAUCUAUUGUGACAGCCCUUUAAAGUUAAUUACUGAUGCCCGUUGAAACCAGGAAAUUCCAGAUUCUUUAGGCCGUAAUGUUCUGUACCUCAUAGGGUUGCAACGUGCCGCCCUAAGUGGGUACUUCUUUUUGACAUUAGUGGUCCACAGGAACAGAGAAUGUGCAUUGCAGUCUCCUCUGACUCCUGGCAGAACCUGCAUGUCGCAUCUUGUUUCUUCCCAAUUUGAAACAUGUGUUCGUUCAACACAGUGUCCAGUUAAUACAAGGUGCCCGUGAGCAUUGCGAGACAUUUUAACUAAGCAUUCCUGGUAAUAUUUAGAAACUAAAAUGUCAUAUAAAAUUUUCUGGGUUAGGCCUAGUUUCAGAGAUAAUUAAAUGUUUUUUUGAAAUCAUUCUUUCGCCAUGAGUCGGCACUAAACACAUUUUUGACUGCGGUAUUGCCACUUUGAGGUCUAGUCUGGACAUACCUAUUGAUUGACAUCGAAAUAUUAAAAAAAUGUAUUUGAGAGGCUACCCCCAAAUAAAAAAAAAACUUUUUAGUUAAUUUUAGGUUAUGUGUUUAUCAAUAAAAAUUACGUUUUAUGUAUGUGUUCAAAAAAAGAGGUCGAAAAAUUUAUUUUGUCGAAUUUCACAAAAAGUCAUAACAUUUUUUGCUUCUGUUGCCAUCAGGAAUGCACCGUUAAAAUCUCUCGCAAUGCUCACGGGCACCUUGUAUUCUGGUCACCGCGCAGGUCUUGUCUUUAGAGCUCUAAAAGCUUCUUAGCAAAUUUUGUUGAACCCUUUGAUUGUAUAUAUUGUGUAUAUCUUACGUCUGUUAGCUAUAUAAAUGUAAAUAAUUGUAAAUACAACAGUUAAACUUACAAGAUGUUACAGUUUGUUAUGUAUUUGACUUGAAAUUACGUACAGAGUCAUAUUAUGUAGGAGAUAGGAUUAAGAGCAUCCACUGUGGCCGCUUCCACAUAUAAAGGGAGACCCCAUUUUCCUCUCUGGAGAAUAUUUUAACAUAUUUUGAUGUAUAUUAACCAAAGAGAAUUUAUUGUAAUAGAGAGGUCAAGUCUAAGUAAAAACAGUGCCCCUUAAUUUGACAUCCAAAACAGAUGGCGCUGUACGGCGUAUGUUUUACGGUCACUGUAUUGUCAAACGUCAACUUUUGACAAUCGAGAGUUACCGCAAAAUUAUGGAGUGUGGAAUUAAGAGGAGUGGCAUCUCUUAUGGUAGAACUGUUGCAAAAGUGUCCAGCUGUCAGCUAUAAUAGUUCCAAAUCUCUCCAGAGUAGCGCUAGAGUAGCUAAGAACCUGGGCGCUAUUGACGGAGUGAAUUACGCUGUCUAUGAUUUGAUUUUUUUAUUCAAGUAUUCUAGGUAUUGUAGCGCCACCUAUUUAAGGUUUUCUGAUGAGACUAUUUGGUACAUGGAGAUUUAUUUCCUUACCUCCACCUUCCGUACGCAAAAUGUAUGGGGGUGAACAGCGCCAUCUCGUUUUCCUGUCAAAUUCGAAGCACGAAAUUGUCUUAGAUUUUACAGAUCUAUCAAUGCUAUGCCCCUAUGUUUGACUUCUUUCUUUUUUGUUCGUGUAAAAAAACAGAUUUACAACUUUUUAAAUGCUCCUAAGUCAAAAAUAAAGAUUGAAACAAGAAACGGUUACAUCUGUGGUCGAUAUACAACAGACUGUGUCAAAAUAAACUUGGAAUAAAUGUAAAGUGGAAAAAUUACUGCCUUUGUGUGUUGACCAGUGAUCGGAACUAUGGGAGUAAAACAUUAACAAAACUUGUUAAGCGGACAUAAAAUAGUGCAUACAGCCCUAAAAAUAUUCAUGUCCAUAGGGAUAGGAAUAGUAUAGUACUUCCAGCCAUAAAAUAUUUACAUUCAUAGACAUUCGAAUAUUUUUAAGGCUAUAAGCACUCUUUUUACGUCCGCUUGAUAAGUUUUGUUAAAGUUUUACUCCCAUAGUUCCGAUCACUGGUGUUGACGAACAGUGCAGUGAAGUAAUGUGCAGCUAAUGAAACCUCACCCGGAUAUGUUUAGGGGCAUGGCACACAGCGUUCGAUUCGAUCCGCUCCGAAGUUUGAGCGAGACAAAGCUAUGCGCGUAUUAUAGCGACAUCCCGCUCGCACGUCGGAGCGACGACGUGCGAAUCGGACGCAAUGUGCCGUGCCCCGUUUGUUACUACAAUUGUCAGCGUUGUGAAACAGGGGCCAGACAGGGCUAAUAUUGUAAAGACGUUCGUGAUAAUUCCUAAAUGAUGUGCAUUGUACAAGGUGCUCAUAACUAUCUGAACAUGCACUUAGUCAGACCAAGAUAAGUUAGCAGCGAUUUUGAUAGCAUUUCAUAAAAGUUUGACGUUUAAAAUAACACUUGCACCGUCUGGGCUAUCAAAAUCGCUGCUAACUUAUCUUGGUUUGACUCUAACGUCUUAAUGUUAUUAGGUUUAGUUCAGAUAUUUGUGAACAUUUUGGCCGCUUCGAUAGCGACACGAAUUUGAUGGCCAGAGUCCUUUUUAUUUUACUUUAAUAGGUACACUAAAUAGAUAUCGUACAAUCAAGGCUCUGAACUGGUUUAUAAAAAACCGGUUUAUUUCGGUUUUCCUCCGAACUUUUAUAAGAACGCGAACGUUUUUAGAACGGUUUUUGUUGCUCUAAACCGGUUAAUUUGAGUAAACCAGUUCUUCGGUUUAAAAAUUAAUAGAUUUUCGAGCGAAGCCGAAAUUAAAAGGUCUUGCGCCAAGUAGAUGAUAACGGUUUAAAAAAUUAACCGGUUUCCGAGCCCUGUGUACAAUAUCAUGGCUUAAAAACUAGCUCGAGAUCCAAAACAAGUGGAACAAGGAACUGAUUAUCAGAAGCAAAUACGGCUGUUAUGAUUAGUCCUGAAAAAUUGGAAAUUGUGUCACCCCAGCGAAUAUAAGUAAUUGUGUCGAAGUCUAUACUGUAUCUUUAGGUAUUUAAAUAAAAGUGAACAGAAUCUACCCUGAAAUGGCUCCGUAAGCCAGUUUAGAGUAGAUUAAAACAUUACAUGAUCAAAUAAUGUAGGUUAAAGUCAGAUCGUUCAGUGACAGAUCCAGGCGGUUUUGUAUUUGGUUGGUUAACCAAUAAAUGUUAUAACUACCCGAAAAUGUACAAAUUGUUUGUUUACUUUUAUUUAAAUGCCUAAAGAUACAGGGUAUAGUCAAAGGCUCCACUUGGCGCUUACCAUAAGGAUGAUAUUUGCUUAUAUUUGUGUGCUAUGGAAAGCGACAAAGUGGGACUUUUCGCUUGGCAACGUCACAAAUACUUCUCUACUUGUAUUUUUAGAUUUCUACACUACAGAGCAAAAUGGGUCACUAGGAAUAUACAGUGACGUUUCCAUUGCUCUCAUGUAUGUAAUAAAAUGGUAGUAUGUUUAAAUUUAGUGGACUAGGCAAGUCAUUGUUGUGAACGCCUGUUGCCUCCGGCGUUCCGUAUUUGGAACGUUGGGCAGCAACGGGCGUGUUUAACCCGCGGGGGUAUAAUGUAAAUGUUAGACUGUAUGAAAGGAUUAUGAAAUAAAUGAGCUUAAUGAGCA